UUCAAACCUAACUUACUGUUAACUCGUACUUAAGGCUCGAAGUGAACGAGUAGAUGGCCACUUCAAAACAUGUACACUUCGUUGCACGUCAAGUGAACAUUUACAUUUCUUUCAUGAUGGGGUACUCGGCUGAAUCUCCUGGCGGAAGUCGUUUGGCACGCCACCAUCUCCACAGCCACAACCCACCUCCAACCAACGCGACUGACCCGCCCACCGAUAAUGCGAUGGUCAUGGCAUUGGUCAACUUGUCCUUUGGCGGUGGCGGUUCGACGGGGUUUGUGGGCUGGAGGCAUGCGCAGGACGAAUAUGCAUAUGGAAAACACAGCGGGACGUCACGACAGCAGCACGGGGAUGGUGCCGUUGGUGCGGUCGUCGAGUUGGCUGUGGCCAGCACGUUCCAACAGAACACGCCAGGGCUACCGUCGCCGAAGGCCUUAGAGCAUUGUCCUUUGUCUCGGCAUAGUGCGCACUGGUUCGCAUCGUACUCGAUCCCGAUGGCAGAGGCAGGGGAGGAGACGUUGCUCGACGUCGGCAUUGCAGUGGUGUCGUUUGACUUGUCACGUAGGAGCCGCAAGGAAGCUAGCGCAGGAGGAGGGUGCAAUGAUGAAGGGUUGCUGCCUGCAUCGACAGACUGGACAAUGCACCACAUUCCCAUCAGGAUCAAGGUCAGGUAGAUCCCACCAGAUCGUUGCCGUUGCAUGCACG